UUUGGCAGAUUCUUCAGUAGUGUAACAUUAUACGACGUACAGGCUUAUGUACCUUUUUAUUCAAAAUGAUAUUUGAUACAUCCUGGCUGACCUAGCUAGCGACAUCAAGUUAAGUCUACAUAAAAACCUUACCGCAUACCGGUCGUCAUUUCUAACCAGACUGCAGAUUUGGACACAUCUUUCGCUUGUUGAAAUCAGCCAUGGCUUUUCAAAGGAUAUAUUAUUUUGCUGUGUUAGCUAUUCUUUGUGCUGGUUCAAGGUCUUUUAAGAUCAGUAAAUCAGGAUGUGACAAGACCAAAGGAUGUAUAUCAUUUCCACCAUCAUGUCAUUCAUCUGAUGACUGUGACAUGCAAUCGUGUGUUCCAAGACAUCUUCUGGUGGAGUGUUAGUGGGUCAUUACUUAUUGCCGAAUCACAGGACUCCAAAAAUCUCCAAACCGACCCCGUCAGGCUUGACGAACAUGAGUGGUGAAUAUAAAAAUGGAAUAAUCGAGUGUAGGUUCCACCGCUCUAUCAAAGCUAUUCCACCCUUGAAGUAUGACCUGAAUAAGGCUUAUUAUUUAAUCUACGCCAGGGGACCAACAUCAGACACUGGAGAACUAAAGUAUCAUGAUUGGUUCAGAUUUUCUCCUGAUCGACACAAUCUGACCUCUGAAGGACCCGUGGACGAAGCAUCAUCACUGCUUGUUCCUCUGCAUGCUGGUCUGAUGUUCUUAGCGUGGGUAGGGUUCGCCUCAAUCGGGAUGUUUACAGCUCGUAACACGAGGAAGGUUUUGGAAGGCGAGUUGUGCUGUGGAAUGAAAGACUGGUUCCAGGUUCAUCGUACUUUGAUGACUUUUGCCACUCUUAUUACCAUCUCUGGUUUUGUUGUCAUCUUUAUUUACAAAGGAGGAUUGUCCAUCGAGACCGCAGGUUGCCAUGGUAUCAUUGGGAUUAUUGUCGUUUCCCUGGCAACCCUACAACCAAUAAUAGCAUUUUUCAGGCCCAGUAAAGAAAGCAAAAGGCGGUAUAUUUUCAAGUGGUUACAUCGAUGUAUUGCUAUCGUGGUUUUUAUUCUUGCAAUGACCAACUGUUAUCUUGGCUUACAUCUCGUCGACCUGCCAAUGACCACCCACCAAGGUUCCUACCUCCUUCUUGGCUUUGUAACUUCGUACAUGACAGUCUCUUUGCUGUGUGAGGUAUAUUCCAUAUUGGGAAACACAAAAGAAAAAGAUACGAGCCUUCUUUCUGCCGAGGUGAACAGCAUCACUGGAAGCGUGGAAAACAGCACUGAAAAAGAUACCAAGGGAAAGGAUAGUGUACUCUUACUGGCCUACUCACUUGUUGUUCUACUUGCUGUGGGUGUGUCCACAGCUUUUGUCAUCAUCCUUUUUCUGUCCGUCAGGAAAUGGGAACGAAGUUGAUCUACGACGCAUACUUCAGAUUGAAAUAACUUGAUGAAAAUGGGUAGAUGAUAGUGUGGAACGAACAGACUGUGAAAGAUAUAAUGACUCAUUUCAAAAGUUCAAAGGGAGAUUUGUAACUACCAAGAGGGGGCAUAGGAUUAUGUGACUCAAUCAACCCCACAAUGCUUUUCCCUAAAAGGUCGACCGUUACCUGUCCUCCCGUUUUCAACUUCAGAAAGGCGUAUAGAGGUGUUAAGACUGUGAUAAGCUUAGUGACGUAUGCGUGCCUUGCCGCAAUAUUGAUGUUUUCUAGAAUUUUGAUUGGCUGAUUUUUUCUCGAUACUAUGAUUUGUCUGGCAGUGUCGUGACCGUGCCGUGAACGUGCCGUGACCGUGCCGUGACCGUCAUGCGAUAACUGCCGGCUCUUGAUAGUUACCUCUUCGGCAGGGAAUUUCAGUUAAAAACUAACGGGAAUAUUGAUUAAAUAAAUAGAAAAAUUGA